AUGGCUCGGAAGAUGAGCAUGAACGAGCUGGAGGACCAGCUGCUGUGUCCCAUUUGCUUGGAAAUCUUCAAGGAACCCCUGAUGCUCCAGUGCGGGCACUCCUAUUGCAAGUCCUGCGUGGUGUCCCUCUCGGGUGACUUGGAGAAGCAGUUCCUGUGCCCCGUGUGCCGAAAAGCCGUGGAUUGCAGCAGCUCCCCGCCCAAUGUGAAUUUGGCCCGCAUCAUCGAGGCGCUGCACACUGCGAGCAACUCAGAUCCCAACGAGGAAUCCUGCCCUGACCAUCAUAACCCCCUCAGUCUCUUCUGCGAGCAAGACCGGGAGGUGAUCUGCGGGCUGUGCGGCACCAUCGGCACCCACCAGCACCACAAAGUCAUGCCUGUCUCCACGGUCUACAGCCGGAUGAAGGAGGAACUCUCUGUGUUGAUAACCGAAGUGCAGCAGCAAAAAAGGAGCCUGGAUGAACACGUCAACAAGCUGAUGAACAACAAAACUCGCAUCGCGAACGAGUCAGACGUCUUCAAAUGUGUGAUCCAGAAGCAGUUCCAGGAGCUGCACAAGUACAUCGACGAAGAGAAGGCCAACUUCCUGGAGCAGAUCGAGAGGAAGGCAGCCCACCUCAUUGCUUCCAUCGAGGUCCAGGUGCAGCACACGGCGGGGGCCCUGCAGAAGCUGAAGGAGCUGGAAAGAUCCUUGGAGAAGCUCAACAACGAAGGCCAUCUGGAUUUCAUCAGGAAAUAUGGAUCUCUACCUUCAAGGUCCGAGCUCCCUCGCCAGCACCCGGCCGACGGCACUUUCAGCGCAGUCUCUUUUAAGCCCGGCUUCCACCAAGAUGACAUCAAGAUGACCGUGUGGAAGCGUCUGCUACGCAAAGUUCUACCAGCGCCUGAGAUGCUGAAGCUUGACCCUGUGACCGCACACCCCAUGCUAGAGCUGUCCAAGGGGAACACCAUGGUGCAGUGUGGGAAUCUGCUCUACCAGCGGCGAGACAGCACCUCCGACCGCUUUGACUACAGCAACUGCAUCCUGGCCAGCAAAGGGUUUUCAUGGGGAAAGCACUACUGGGAGGUUAUCGUGGGCACCAAGAGCCACUGGCGCCUGGGCAUCAUCAAGGGCUCGGUCAGCCGCAAAGGCAAGCUGAACAAAAGCCCGGAGCACGGGGUGUGGCUCAUUGGCUUGAAGGAAGGCAAGGUCUAUGAGGCCUUCAACAGCCCCCGGGUGGUGCUGCCGCUUACAGCUCGCCCCCAGUGCAUCGGGGUGUACCUGCACUAUGAAAAGGGCGAGCUGACCUUCUAUAAUGCUAACAGCCCUGAUGAGCUAGUGUCCAUCUAUACUUUCCACGCGGAAUUCCAGGGCAAGCUGUACCCUAUCCUGGACUUGUGCUGGCACGAGCGGGGCACCAACACUUUGCCCAUCAUCCUGCCUACUCCCACUGUGCCACAGGAUUCUUGGGCCCAAGACAGUGGCUCUGAAUCCCAAGAACCCACUAAGCUAUAG